AUGCACAAAUUCUAAUGUUCAGCUUCAAGCAAUAAAAAUCUUAUAAUGGAAGAAUGUUUUAAAGGUAUUCAAUAAGAAAUGGAGGUAAAUAAUUUUUAUUUAAGUCAUUUAGUUGUCUUUCAAUAGAAUCGAUGAUUUCCUUGAUUAGAUAGUUGUUGAUAAUGAAAGGUCAUUGAAUUAAAAGAAGCUAAAGUGUUAAAAGUUGAGAGUUGUUGAAUAGAAUGAAUCAUUACAUAGAUUGUAAUUAUUACAUAUCGAUAAUUCAUAAUUUGUUAAUUAAUUGACUAAUUAAGUAACAUCUUCAAUAAAAAAUUCGAUUGAUAAUUAAAUAAAGGUUUAAAGUAUUGAGUAUUAAUAAUUAUACGAAAGCUUUUAAAAAUAGAAGAUUCAAAAACAGCAAUUAAAUGAGACGAUAAAAAUCAAAGAUUAACAAUUAUAAUCUCAUUAAUUAUAAAUUGAAUAACUUAAGUAAACAUAAGCAAAAGAAUUAAUUGUUCAACAAUCUCCUUAAUAAAUAUAAAACUAAUUCUAAUACGAAUAACUCCAAAAUUCAAUCAAAUAACAAGAACCUUGCGUUGCAAUAGCUACUAAUAGUGAUUGUUCAAUUGUAGUAGCUGGAUGCAAAACUGAAAUUAAAGUAUUUGAAUUUAAAUAAGAUAUAUUGACACAGGCUCAACUUUUAAGUGAGCAUACAAAAGGUGUGUGUACAUUAAACUUCAUGAAGAAAUCUAAUUAAUUUAUAUCUGGAAGUGAUGAUAAUUUAAUUAUAAUAUGGUCCAUGAACCAAAGUAAUUAAUGGGUUUGCUAAUAAAAAUUAAAUGAACAUACAAAAGGUAUUUAUUGUUUAGUGUUAAAUAAUAAUGAAGAUUUAAUCAUUUCAGGAAGUUGUGAUAAAACUAUUAAAUUUUGGAUGAACAAGAAUGGAUGGUUAUGCUAAUAGACUAUAACAGAUCAUACUGGCACUAUCUAUGGAUUAAGUUUGAAUUAGCAAUAGAACAAAGUGAUUUCAUGUGGAUAUGAUAAAUAAAUAUUAAUAAUUGAACAAUCAUAAUAGGAUUCUUAAUGGAUUGUAAUCUAAAAGAUAAAAGUUGAAACUAAUGGUUCUAGAUUAUGCUUUAUUAAUGAUAAUGUUUUUACAUUUUAGCCAGAUUCAAGCGAAUAAAUGCAUGUUUAUGAAAUAAAUGAUACAAAUAAAUAGUAUUUAAAGACUAAAGAUGUUCUUGUAAAAUAUAGUAAGGAUGGUUAUUCAUUGUUUCCGUAAUAGCAUAUAAAAUCAAAAUGGCUGCUUGUUAAUAAGAAUGGCAUUUAUGUGAAUUUGAUAAAGACAAAUGAAAAUCAAGAGUUUAGCAUAUAAUAAUCAAUUCAAUUUGGAAGUGCUUAUUUAUUUGGACAUUUGAGUGAUGACGGAUAAUUUUUGAUGACAUGGGAUGAUAUUUCAAAAGAAAUUCAAAUCAGAAAAUAUCAUGAAAUAUGA